CAACCAUUUGAUAUUUUCUUGGCUACAUCCAGGAGAUCUCCAGGAGGGGGGUGAACUAUCACAAUGCCCGCCAAUGGAAAAGUUAUCCCGCACACUCCGCUGGCUGUAGACUUCUGGCAGGUUCGGAAGUGUCCAGGCACUCGGCUGUUCUUUCUGACCCACAUGCACAGCGAUCACACCGUGGGUCUGACCUCCACAUGGAGCAACCGGCCCAUCUACUGCUCCCCGACCACGGCCACGCUGCUCAAACUCAAACUGCAGGUGAAAGACCAGUGGAUCCAUCCACUGGAGCUUGGAGAGCCAUAUUUGCUCUCUCUGGACGACAUCGGCAAAGAGAAGCUCACGGUUACACUAAUAGAUGCCAACCACUGUCCAGGGGCUGUCAUGUUUCUCUUCGAGGGCUACUUUGGCUCAAUCUUGUACACUGGUGACUUUAGAUAUUCUCCUUCAAUGCUGCGUGAGCCGUGUUUUAGGACCAACACCACUAUAGAUGUUCUGUACUUGGACAACACCAACUGUGACCCCAACCGCACCCUACCAUCCAGACAACAAGCCACUCAACAAAUCAAAGAGAUCAUUCGCAGCCACCCCAACCACGAUAUUGUUAUAGGUGUUUACGCUCUGGGUAAAGAGAAUCUCAUACUCGAGCUGGCGUUGGAGUUUAAAACCUGGGUCGAGGUGAGUUUUGAGAGAAUGGAGACGCUCAAGGCUCUGGGGCUUCCCGAUGUCUUCAUCACCGAGCCGGGAGCGGGUCGGAUCCGAGCCGUGGAGCAGUCACAGAUUAGCUUUGCUGCGUUGCAGCAGUGGAACGAAGAGCGUCCCACUUUGGCCAUCUUGCCCACCAGUAGGCCUCUCAUCUCCUUCCACACCAACAUACACGUAGUGCCCUAUUCAGACCACUCCUCUUAUCAAGAGCUGGAAGAUUUUGUCUCGGCCUUGAAGCCUUCCUCUGUUGUGCCCAUUGUUGGAAGCUUUCUGCCUGGAAGUCUGUCUGCCUUGCUGCCGCAUAAAAAACGCCGUGAAAUUCUAGUUCCUGAGUCUGUCCGACACUACAUGUUGAGACAGACCGAAAGGCAGCUCGGCUCAUCAGCAUACUCCGGUUUCUGUCGCAGACUCUUAAGACCACUUGCUCCUAAAGGAGUGUUGUUUUGCUCUCCUGUGAAAGGAUCUGUGACGCCAUGUGACUGGGAGGCAGACAGUGUGGAGCAGGAUGGAUCUGAGGAAGAGACGGAACGCAGUGAAAGGGACUCUGACUGUAUCCUCGUAGACCCGAGCGUGAAACUCACCCCUAACAAAAGCAGAGGGGCUGGAGACGAGUGGAGCCUCAACACUGUUCAGACCGUCCCUCAAGAAUUCGUAAGGGCAGAGUCGGUGCCGCUCAGUCAACUCACACGACGCAGCCUUCAACGAGUGGAGAUUCUAACACACACCAAGACUGGCUCAAAGCCGGUCUGUGCCACACAAAAUAAUUUGAACGCCAAAAUAAUCGAUCAGCACAAAGAGGCUGGAGAGGUUGAGAACAGCCAGAUGAUGGAUCAGGAUGAUGCUGUGAGUGAGCACAGUGAGUGUGAUCAGAACAGUUCUGACAGCACCUCCUGCUCUCCAUACAGCAGCUCUAAUGUGCUCCGGUGUGAGUAUAUAGAGAGACUGGAAAACAGCCUUUUAGAGCGUCUUCCCUUCUCAGAAGAGGACUUCAAACCUAGAGGUCUCCUGUCGUAG